UGUCCGCAGAGCAGGGUGUGUACCGGGGGCCGCUGUGUGGGCUGGGUCGGUGUUUUUCUCUCAGCAUCAGCAGCAUCAUCCUGCUGUAUCUUCUUCCAUCGCCUCCUUCCCGGAAAGAUGCUGUGGACUGAAAGGAAGCAGCGGAGGCGCUGAGAAGCGGCGCGCAUUGACUGAAACGGGGCGCGCCUCUCUGGUCCUGCUGCUGUCAUCGCUGGCGCACCUGCAUGGAAGUGACUCAGCUCGGAAUGGCCUCCUAACCGGGUGAGGAUAUCAGUGACCGACGGCUGAAUGAUAGAAAAGCAUGUCUGCAGGGAAACAGUGCGAGGCGGUGAGGGUGGUGGUCCGCUGCAGGCCGUUUAACAGGAGGGAGGAGACGGCAGGAUGUGAGAACAUCCUGGAGGUGGAUGACAAACUGGGGCAGAUCACCAUCAGGAACCCAAAGGCGCCACCUGAUGAGCCCAUGAAAGUCUUCACCUUUGACUCGGUGUAUGGCUGGAACUCAAAGCAAAGGGACAUUUAUGACGAUGCUGUGAGACCUUUGGUGGAGUCUGUGCUCCAUGGCUUUAAUGGCACCAUAUUUGCUUAUGGACAAACUGGGACAGGGAAAACACACACCAUGCAGGGGCUGUCAAAGGACCCGGAGAAGAGGGGCGUCAUCCCCAAUUCAUUCGAGCACAUUUUCACCCUGAUAUCCAGAAGCCAGAACCAGAAGUAUCUAGUGAGGUCUUCUUAUCUUGAGAUCUACCAGGAGGAGAUCAGAGAUCUUCUGUGCAAAGAUAACAACAAGAAGCUAGAGCUCAAAGAGAGUCCCGACUGCGGGAUUUACGUGAAAGACUUGUCCUCAGUGGUGACAAAGAAUGCCACUGAGAUCGAGCAUGUGAUGAACAUUGGAAACCAGUCCAGAUCUGUGGGAUUCACCAACAUGAACGAGCGCAGCUCCAGGUCCCACGCCAUUUUCCUGGUGACCGUAGAGUGCAGCGAAAGAGGUCCAGAUGGUGAGGACCACAUACGCGUUGGGAAGCUGAACAUGGUGGAUCUGGCUGGAAGCGAGCGGCAGAGCAAGACGGGUGCAAAGGGGAAGCGCCUGAAGGAGGCGGCUAAGAUCAACCUGUCCCUCUCCGCGUUGGGGAACGUCAUUUCAGCACUGGUGGACGGGAAGAGCACCCACGUCCCGUACAGAGACUCCAAGCUGACCCGCCUGCUGCAGGACUCUCUGGGCGGCAACGCUAAGACUGUCAUGAUUGCAACAGUGGGGCCAGCUCACAAGAACUUCGACGAAACCCUGGCAACCCUGAGGUACGCCAGCAGAGCCAAGAAGAUAAAGAACAAACCUCGGAUUAAUGAGGACCCCAAAGAUGCACUUCUAAGGGAAUUCCAGCAGGAGAUUGCACGCCUGAAAGCUCAGCUAGAGGAGCGAGGGAUACUGGCGAAAGAGAGGAGGAAGAGGAGGAGAGACAGUAAGAGACUGAGCAAAACCAUGGCUGGUAUGGAGGAGGAGAUCCUGUGCGAGAAGGAUGGAGAUGUAUGGAAGACGGCGGAGGAGGCAGAAGGUGGGAGGUGUUGCCUGAUUGAGGGAGGUGACAGUGCAAAUUUCCUGACCUGCCAGGGAAGCAGCGAAAAACUGAAGAACCUAAAUCUUAAUAGAAGGAGUCUGAUGGACAUGCAGUGGGAUCAAGAUGCCGUGGAGAAGAUCAUAGAGAAAUACAAGACUAUGGAGAGCAAACUGUUGGUUGGUGGAAAGACUAUAAUUGAUCACACUAAUGAGCAGCAGAAAAUGCUGGAGCAGAAAAGACAGGAAAUCGCUGAACAGAUAAGAAGAGAGAGAGAAAUCCAGCAGCAGAUGAUGUUACAAGAUGAGGAGACCUUAGAAAUCAAAGAGACGUUCUCCUCCCUGCAGCAGGAGGUGGAACAUAAGACAAAGAAGCUGAGGAGGUUGUAUGCUAAGCUCCAGCUGCUGAGGGGAGAGAUGAAAGAUGUCUUUGAUGAACAUGUCACAACCAGACAGGAACUUGAAGAAACGCAAGAAGAGCUAACCAGAGAGCUCAAGUACAAAUAUCUCCUGAUUGAGAAUUUUAUUCCUCCUGAGGAAAAGAACAAAAUUAUGAACCGGCUGCAGUUUGACAGUGAGGAGGAUCAGUGGUGGUUGCAACCAGUUAUUCCUUCAGACAGCACAUCCACUCUGGUCAAGAGAAGGCCUCUUUCCGCUGUGGGAUACAAGAGGCCAAUCAGCCAAUAUGCACAGAUGGCCGUUGCCACCGCUACCAGGACCCCGUUUAGAUACCAGGCAGAAAAUAUUAUGCUGUUGGAGUUGGAUAUGUCCCCGCCAACCAUGUUCACUCUGAACUUAAACGGUGAAUGCUUAGAGAGAGCCUUCACCCCCAGGCUGAUGCCGGAUCUAUCACUAAACGUGCACGCAAGAGGUGCUUCAUCUUUGCGGGUCAGGAAAUCCCAGUCCUGGUAUCAAUCAUCGCACCCAGCAUCUGUCACAUCCUCCUCAUCCUCCACUAUUCUGACAUCAGAACUUCAGAGCUGCUCCCCCUCUCAGAGACAAAGACCAUCCUCUGCCACAUAUCUUUCUUUGGAAGGACCACAUCAGACGAGCCCCUGAUGGGUUUUCUGUUGCAAAGAGAUGAGGGGGAAAAAACGCACCUAUUAAUUCAUUUUAAAGUACAUAAGAUUUCAUGAGAAAACAUCUUUUGAUCUGGAUGAUAACUAAAAGUGGAAUUAAUUAAUUUAAACAUUCUGCAUUCUCUCUCUCUUUUAGAUUUGUUUUAGUUGAUUAAGUUUUAUUUAUGUAGCACCUCUUACAGUUAUGGUAAAAAUGUAAGUGCUUUUAUGCUAAACUUAUCUCAGCUCGACAAGAUCUCUUUGCCUUUGCAUUUUUGGUCUAAACUCACUUUUUUGUUUAAACAGACUUUUUCCAAGUCUUAAAUAAUGCAGUUAAUUGCAGGAUAUCUUAGAAUUAUCUUAUAAAUUAUCUUUCAAAUUAGACCUGACAGGGUUAUGUCUUUCACCACAUUGAUUGUUUAGAAAGAUUUUCCAUAAUCUCCAAAUAAUACUCAAUAUCAAACUAUUAAAAACUGUUUUGCAGCAGGAGGUCACCAAGAGGCGGUCAGAUGUCAGAAUAGGCUGAUAUAAACAGUGUUCAGAAGCCCAAUCAAUAGAAACUGAAUGAAAUAUAAAGUUUUGAUUGAAUCACAAAGAAUUAAAUUAUGUUGAUGAAAUUAUAGUUGAGAUAUUUGCAUUUUUAUAAACAUAUUCUCCAUUGUUAAACUAAAUAUAAACUGAAUAACUACAAUGCAAAAUUAAACGGAUUUCCCAUAGUUUCAAUGGAUUGAAAUAAUAUUUAUUUGCUGGUAGAAAGGUAAAGUACAAAGGUGAGCCAGGCAACAUAUUGGAGAAAGAUGCAUAACUAUGGCUUUCUGCUUUUUGAUAAGUAAACAUUGGCCAAAAAGCAUAUUUAAUGCACAAAGAACCAAGGAGACCUUUGAGUGCUUCAUUAUGAAAUAAGAAGACAGAUAAUAAACAAAUGCUGCUAAUUUAAGCCAACUAAAAAACUUCUUAACUGACAGGUGAAGUCCUCUAUUGGUCAGAAAUGUUAGUCAUUCUUAGUUUUUGAAUCACAGUAUUGUUUCUUUGGAUCUAAGAAAGGUACAAAGACAUAACCCUGCUAAAUAAUAAUAAUUCAUACAUCUACAAUACAUCUAAAAUGGCCCCAAAACAGCGUGAAUGGUGUCUAGUGGAUGUAUAAGCACAUUUAAACAUGGCGGUGGAGAAGUGGUGAUCUUGGCUUGCUUGUUAAAAUUAACUGAACAAAGUUGCUUUACUUCCUCUCCCAAAACAUGUACCUUUCAGUCUUCAAUGAAACCUAAACAGCUCUUUGUUGCAAAGGAUUUAACCAAUACAUGACUCUUCUGCAUUCUUUUUUUUUAAAGCAUUUUUUUUUAUAGAUGGUUGCAGACAAACGGAACAAAUGUCUUUGCCAAAAACUUUUAGGCUUGUUGAAUGAUAGAUCAUCCUGGUAUAGCCUAUUUGCCAAAUAAUGUUUUGCUACAGUUUCAGGUUAAUGUGAUUGUGAACCAAAAGUGUGAAGAAAGCUUGCACUGCUGUCUUGAUUAGCUGCCUUACUUUUUCAUGAUUGUGGAAAGUCAACUUGCCUACUUAUCAAAU